GUGAUCGACGAAGAUUUCUGGCAAAAUCAAAAGCCUUUAGGCACCUAUACCAUUAUUGCCUCCUACACACAGACGUUAGAUGACGAACUCUACAUUCAACCAGGAGAUAAAGUGCAGGUAUACACCGAAUAUGACGAUGGAUGGUGUCUAGGUAUUAAUCUGUCACGUGGAGGAGAAAGAGGCGUCUUUCCUCAACAUUGUAUGGAUAGACAGUCUCAUUCAAACGAAUGA